GAGACGGCGCAAGCACCGGGAACAGGGACAUCCCAGAAAGGCAUCCCAAGGGCAGAGCAGGAGCCAGCAGGGCUCCGGGCUUGCCCAGUGCUCGCCCACAUGGCCCAGCUUUAUGCCGACCUGAGGUUUGCCAAAGUGAUGGGGGGCCAGAGCACGGCCAGCCAGGCGCUGGAGGCAGCCUUCGGCAUGGAUGAGGCAGAGAGCCCCUAUGAGAACUCGCAGCCAGCACUGGCAGAGCAGGAUGAGGGUGGAGCCGAGCCUGGCCCAGGGUGCUGGUCCCAUCGGUGGUACAUCCCUGUGGGUCUGCUGGCAACUUUCCUGCUGCUGGUGGCCACUGUGGCCCUGGGGGCUUGCUACUGGCAGGUCACCCGCAGCCUGCGGGACACCUCCCUCGAGCACGCAUCCGAGCAGGGCCGCCUGUCACAGGAGCUGAGGGCACGGGAGCAGAGCCUGGAGCAGACACAGCUGGAGCUGGCAUGGGCCAGAGAGGAGCUGCAGAGAGCGUGGCGUCAGGGCAACAUCAGCCAGCUGGAGCUGGACAGACUGAGCGUGGAGCUGCGCCGUGUCACGGGGGUGCUGGGCAAGACAGAGAGGGAGGUGCAGGAGGUGCAGGGGAGGCUCAACAGCAGCGAGAGCACCGUGGCCCUCCUGCGCUCCUGCACAGCUAUAGAUUGCUGUCCUUCGGGCUGGCUGCUGUACAGGGGCAAGUGCCUCUUCAUCUCCUCGGAGAAGAAGACAUGGGAGGACAGCAGAGAUGAGUGUGAGAGGACAUACUCUCAGCUGCUGGUCACCAAAUCCUGGAGUCGUUGGACUGUGCCGACCUUCCUGAAGAAUGCAGAUGUCCCAUACUGGAUUGGAUUGCAGAAGGGCAGUUUCCCCUGGUAUGACUAUGGCUGGCUGGAGGAAGAGGACCCAGAUGGUGAGGGGGGCUCUGAGGCCUGGUUCUGGGUGGAUGGCUCCCUUUAUGAAAGGCCCUGGCAGUCAAAAUCGAAUGGAACCUGUGCCAUAAUAAGUCGUGGGAGCAUCAAACCUGCCCAGUGCACUGGUCCCAGUGACCUGCACUUCUGGAUCUGUGAGAAGGCAGCAGGGCCAAGCCUCCCUUUCAAGUGAGGAUGGCUGCUGGCCCCAGCACU